AUGGCUCCCGAUUUGAGCGCCGUGAAUCCGUCUAGAACCAGACCCCGUGCCUCAACGACGCUCCCUCCCAAUCCCGGGAGCCCACCGCUAGGCACGGGAGAUUAUGGGAUCAAAAGUACAGCCCAGGGGCCAUUGCGUCACCCCCAGCCGCUGACGCCUUCGGAUCUCCAUCUAGUGCUUGAAAAGGAACAGGAAGCAAUGGUGAACCGAUUGACUCGCGAACUUUCUCUGCUCCGGCACCAGACAGCAUCCGUAUCGUCGACAGCUUCAUCUACAUCCACAUUCAAUGAACCAGAUGCCCGCGCAUCACCCACCUUGAGCAAUUCAGGCCAAUCCCACUCAACACGACGGCACCGGUCCAAUUCAAGCCUCAGUUCGCAUGCAUCGGCGAGUCAGGUCCCUCAGGCAGCAAGUGUAACUGGCAUUGCACCCUCCCGAGAGACUAGCCUGCCAUCUCGAGCAGAUCACUCCCGAACUGCUCGCAGCCGCGAACCCUCCCUUACAUCUCGCCGACCAUCAAUCGGGUCCUUAACCUCGUUUUCCCACAGCAAUAGCAGUGUAUAUCCCCACCGAAACUCGGUCUCGCAGACACAGCUGGGGUAUUCGCCGGCAACCUCACUGUCACGCUUUGAAGAGGCAACACAACACCGAUCGGAGCUGGAAUCCAUCAAACGGGAGAACGAGCAGCUCAGGAAGCGCGUGCGGGAUCUGGAGCAAACACUGAAGAAGCAGAAAGAGGCAGUGCCGUCGGAGUCAACGAGUGAUAUCUCUGCGACACCCUCCUCUGACGGAAUUGCAGAGUAA